UCACACACUGAGGUUGCAAGUGUCAUCUUAAAGGAGAUCCCGUGUGGCGUUUCAGCCUUUAAACUCGCAUCCACUUUACCGCCAAGUGCACAGUCACGACAGGUUGCUUACUCACCUGUCCAGAGAACUUGCAGCCAGCACGGCUUUCUCCGGUACUGCGACCAAGCUGGAUUCCCGGAGCUCUUCACCAUGUCUGGCGGGUUUUAGAUACUCCAUGGAGCAAGCAAACCUCUACGAGGUCGCCCCACGGCCACUAAUGACCAGCCUUGUACAGAAUCAGCAGAACCCCUACAUCUACAAAGACACCGCUGGAGACCUGAGCGAGAUCUGCGAGAACGAGAACUCCAUCGACAUCAGCGCCUACAUUGAUCCGUCUGCCUUCAACGACGAGUUCCUGGCUGACUUAUUCCACAACAGCUCCAAGCAAGAGAAGCUCAAACUGGCGAGCGGAGACUACGACUACCACCACGGUGCCAAUGGCGCGCCGGGGGCCCCGCAGAUGUAUGGCUGCCUGAACGGCUACAUGGAUUCUUCCAAACUAGAACCCAUCUACGACAGCCAAGCAAGAAUGAGACCCGUGGCCAUCAAACAAGAGCCUCGGGAGGAAGAUGAGCUUGGCGACUCGAUGCCACCCACCUACCACCACUCUCAACACCACGCGCCGCAUCUGUCCUACCUUCAGCACCAGAUCGCGCACUGCGCGCAAACCACCAUGCAUCUCCAGCCGGGCCAUCCCACACCUCCCCCGACGCCCGUACCUAGUCCGCACCACCAGCACAGCCACCUGCCGGGGGGCUCCAUGAAGAUUGGCGAUCGAGGGAAAUCCAAGAAACACGUCGACAAGAACAGCACCGAGUACAGGCUGAGGAGGGAGCGCAACAACAUAGCCGUGCGCAAGAGUCGGGACAAGGCGAAAAUGCGCAAUGUGGAGACGCAACAAAAAGUGAUCGAGUUAUCGGCGGAUAACGAUAGACUGCGCAAGAGGGUGGAACACCUCACGCGAGAACUGGAGACGUUACGGGGCAUCUUCAGGCAGCUCCCCGACGGCUCGUUUGUCAAAGCCAUGGGCAACUGCGCUUAACGGAGCGAGCUUGACUUUUGAAGUAACUUUUGCGUGAUUUUUUUCGUCUGCUGGAUAACCGCUGACACGUUCUGAAAGUGUUUCUAUAGGAGCCAGGCAGCUGCGGUAUACAUGUGCCUUUUGUACAAAAACAAAGAAAGAAACGAUAAGCUCAUCUACACAUUAGGACUAAUACAUGCUGGUGUAGUCCUGUUAGGAAUGUGUGUUAGCUACGCUAAGCAUAUCAGUGCAGCUAAUGGGCAUGAUUUUACCCUGUCAGUCUACUUUUCAUGCUUUUCAAGUUACCAACUUUCAUAACAAACCUGAACUGCCCUUUUGGCAAACAGAAAAGUUUCUGCCAUAGCAGGCUUUCUACCAUACCUGUUGCAGCAUAACACCCACUGUAUGAUAUUGUUGAAUUUAUAUAUCAAGCAGGGGUGGGUGGGGUUGUUCCAUGGACGGUAAUAGACAAAAUGCCAAAGCAUAGGACUGGAACUUAUUGGUUUUUACUGUGGUAGGCAAGUUGUCAUUCAUAACUCAGACUGUGUGCACUAUGUCGUCCGAACGCGACUCUAUGAAGCGCAUUACAUUGUGAACAUUUUGCCAUGAUUCGGGUACUGAUCUGUAAAAUGCUUGUCAGUAUACAGCUUUUAAAGUAAACGCUUUGUAUUUAUGCAAUAUGAUUGAUAAAAAUGUGAAAGGGUGCAUAUUUCUAUGCAAUGUUUGUUGCUGUCAGAAUAAUUUCGGUGGACUGUCACCGUGUGCUUUCUCACUGGUUUUGCAGUGAAGUCCUGUCUUGCUCUGUAAGCGUGUGCAUUUCAUGCGAACUGUUUAUUUCUUUCUCUCUUUUUUGUACAACACUCGAGCAGAGAUGGUUUCAGUGCCUUUUGAUCAUCACUGACUGAACCUUUGGACAGAAAUACACAGCAAGAAAAAGGAAGCACUUUUUUACAAACUGCGUAUGGCAAAUGUUAUACAAACGUUUAUUAUGUUUAUUUUAAAUGAACAUUAUAUAUAAAUAUAAAUAUAUAUGCCAAAAAGUAUGAAUUAAACAUUGUUUUAUGUCUCAUUCGUUGCCUUGUCAUUUUGACUAACAUUUGUAACUUCAUCUCUGUGUAUGUGUACAUGUGUUGCUAUAUUGUCUAAGUAAUACUUUGUUUCUCAGUGUCUAAUUCGUGCGACUUUAUGAAGCAUCAGACCCGGUGUGCAGCAACACACUCCAUGCUUCUUGUAAUUCUCUCGACACCGAUAGGUGGCGCUCAAAAGUCAUUUGAGUUCAACUGCACAUAUAUAUCUGAUGUUUGAGUAAGCUGGAAACCAGAAUCAGCUAGAUUAAGACUAGUAAAAGAAAAAUGUUUACAGGUUAAAUGAUAACUUUCACAUCAUUUGUCUUUUACCUGAAUACAAGAAGGCAUUUGCAGAAUUCAUUCAGCUCCAGGGGUUUCAAACUUUAAGGUAAAUAAUCACUUGUCAGUCGUUCACAGUGCUAAAUAUCUACAAUGAGUUGUAGCACUUUCAGUAAAGUUCACAAUGAACACAUUGUCAGUAAAAUAUCAGACUUUUAAGUACUUGAGAACAUGACUCUCAUUGAUUUAAUUUCUUUUCCCUAAGCUCUCAAUUGAUCAAAUUAUCCUUAAACGAGACAGCGUUGAGUGUUGCUGAUAUGUUAAUUUCUCUUUGAGUACACAAGGAGAAGGAGAGAGAGAGAGAUAGUUCCUCUGACUUGUGGAGACGUGUUUUGCUCCAUUGUUGUCAUUUGACAUGUUUUUACAUUAUCAGCUGUGGAAUGAUUGAAUCAAUAAAUCAACCCCCUUUCCAAA